CUUCCAUAAGUGAAAGAAUUUAUACAACAUCACACCUAAAAUAACAUUUUAUAAUGACAUCUUUGCUUGGACUAGCAUCAGAGCAAAAGUUUGAAUGGAACGUUGAAGUUGAAAAAAAGUUUAACGAGGUAUUUGAUAAUAUAGACACCGACAAGAAUGGAAAGCUGACGUUUGACGAAGUAAAAGAUCGUGUCUUGACCGGUGUUUUAAGGCAAAUGGGACAGAAUCCAACAGAUUCAGAGAUCAAACAGUACCUUGAUGGCAUAGACAGAGACGGAGAUGGUACAGUUAGUAAAGAAGAAUUCAGAGAAUGGAUAAAAGAACUCAUGACUAUUCUUAAAGACCCGCAGAAAUCUCUAGACCUUGCCCUCCAAGUUAUGUUUAAAGCGUGUGAUCUUGACGGAAACGGAAAAUUGAGUAGGAAGGAAUUUAGCAAAUUCUUGAAGGAGAGAGGGUUUCCGUUACAAAAUGACGAAGUCAGAGAACUUUUCAUGGCAGUAGAUAACGAUGGUGACGUCACUUCCCUCAACAAAGAAGAGCUUCUGAGUGUAAUGUCGGCUGGAAGAAUUGGACAUAAUUAGACACAAAGACUGGCAAAUAUUGAAUUAUUCAUGUGAA